AUGCUUCCAAUUAGUCAAUUGCGUCUCAUACGGCGCUUCUCAUUAAAGAAUGCUUCAUCGUUCACCCUACCGCAAGGUCAUAAACCAAACAAAGCGCUCAAGACGAUCCCGUUUUCUCGGUGCCUUGAUAUCUGGCGCAAGUCAUGGUCGGCAAACAACCUCGAAAUUUUACAGGAUGAGCUAGUUCGUCUCAUGAUGCCUGUUGAUUCAAGCGAAAACAGCAAUGUCACUGUUGACGUCAAGAAAUUGACAAUUGACAAGUCGACAAAAAAAAACGAAAUCAAUGAGGUUGGAUUCAAAGUCGUCAAUGGCAAGGAUCUUGCAACAAAGCAUGUGGUUUUCAUUCACGGGUACGGUGCCUCGCUAGGUUGCUUUGCUCGGAAUUUCCAGAUGAUCAACCAAUUGAAAAAGAGCACCAGUUACAACUACCACGUGCAUUUCUUGGACAACAUCACAUUUGGCCUUUCUUCCAACCCCAGCAUUGACAACGAUGCCAUCUCGUGGAGAAUCCCCGCCACUGCCUCGAUGAAAAUGAUCGACAAGGAAGACCCAAAACAUCCCAAGAAAUUGUACAGGAAAUACUACAAGCUCAUCGAUGGGUUCCAGCUUGACCCCAAGAAUUUCAGCGAGUACCAGCAGAAAUUCAAGCCAAUCUUGCAAGACAUGGAGAACUUCUACUGCUCCGCCAUUGACAAUUGGAGGCAAGCUAGCGGGAUCAGCAAGAUUGAUUUCUUGGUGGGCCACUCCUUUGGCGGGUUCUGGAGCGGCUCCUAUGCGUUGAAAUUCCCCAACAAGGUAGACAAUGUCAUUUUACUAUCGCCCGUGGGCGUAGAGAGAAACGUCAUGGCCAUCACCAACCCGGACAAAAUAACAACUGAAAUUGUCAAGCCAACGUUGGACCCCACGUCUUACCGUUUUCUUAGCCGGUUCCCCAUACUAUCCAAGAAUCACGUUUUGAACUGGUACUACAAGAUCCCGUUCUUGCCGCGCUUGCUCCCCUUGUUGGGCCCGUGGGGGGUCAAGCUCUAUUUCGAAAUGUGGCUUCCUAAAUUGUCCAAGAUCAAUAAACUCAUUGCCAAACACGGUGGUGCGCAAGCAGUGUUCACAAACACCAACGACUUGGUCUAUGGGUCCAAAAGGGAGAUUGAAUUGAUUGUGGAGUACUUGUACAAUGCAACUACCAGGGGAUGCAAUAGUGACUUGUACGUCAAGUAUUUGUUGACUCCCGCCACGGUUAGCAAGUGGCCCUUGUACGACAAGUUCAUGCAUAAACUACAAAGCAGCCACCAAAAUUUGACCUUUAAUCUUUACCUAUUCUAUGGAGAAUACGACUUUAUGAACUCGGAAGCCGGCCAAAAAUUGAUUGAGCACUUAAACACUAAAGUUGCUGACACUGGUAAGGAAUUCAAAUACGACGAAAUUGCAGAAGGCGGACACAAUCUAUACAUCGAUAACCCGUUUGACACCAAUAGAAAGAUAUCUGAAAUCAUCCUAAACAAGGAAUAA